AUGGUUGCACAACAAGAAACACUACAUCCGCUUUUGGAAAAUUAUAGCAAUAAUAACAAUGAACCUACUGUAAGAGCACCAACAUCAUCAUCACCAUUUUCAUCGCCAAUAGUAGCUCCAAAUCCACCAAAAACUUCAACACAAAAGACAAUGAGAAAGACAUUUAAAGGCACUGCUCAUUUGGCCAAUCUUCUCCCAACAGGAACGGUCCUUACAUUUCAAAUGUUCUCUCCAGUUUUUACACACCAAGGAAAGUGUUCUACUAGUGCCAACCAUAUGAUAACGAUAUUGCUUUUAAUAUUUUGCUCUAUUUCUUCUUUUCUUUUGUGCCUCACUGAUAGUUUUCGAGAUGAGCGAGGUAAGGUGCGGUACGGGUUGGCCACGUUCAAAGGGUUGUUUGUACUUGAUGGGUCUAAUCACUUUAUUUCGGCGGAGUUGGCAGCAAAAUACAAAUUGACAUUCAUUGAUUUCUUCCAUGCUUUUAUGUCUGUGUUGGUCUUUGGGGCAGUGGCAUUGUUUGAUCAUAAUAUUGUCAGUUGCUUUUACCCUAAGUUGACCGAGGAAGGGAAGCAAGUUUUGUUUGUAAUACCGGUUGGUGUUGGUAUUGUUUGCAGUAUCUUAUUUGUUUUGUUCCCAAGCAAGCGUCAUGGAAUAGGCUUCCCUCUUUCUCGUAGUUAG